AUGCCGCUUUCAGAUUUGUGGGCUGAUGAGAACGAUGAGGAGGGACAGCAAUCAAACGAACACAUAGUAAGUGACUUGAGGAAACAACUCCAAAGAGCACGUGCCAGAGAGGGAAAGGCCAAGAGGGCCAAGCAGAGUGGUUUACCCAAUCUGCCUGAAGGUUCUGCGAACUCUGGGGGUGAGUAUGCAAAGCGUUUGCAGUCAGAGUAUUUCACUCAGGGGUUUCAGUACAAGCUCUCUCAAAGAGCAAGUGUAGACUUUGACUUUGGUCAGCAUGCUGAUCCAAAGCAGCAGUUCAGUCGGGGGCGUGCUCGAUCUGUAUGGAGCUUUUUACAAUGCAUGUGCAAGAUCGUGGAAUCCUUAUUCAACCCUGCCCAAGACCAGGCAGUGGAACACGUUCUCAACACAUGUAUCGCUGACGAUACAUCCACUACUCUCAGAGCACAUGGCUCUGAACGCAGCGUGGUUCACACUAUCAUGAAUACAGUGCAGUCCGCAUAUGUCAGAUUUGGAGAUGAGUCGUGGCACUCCCUACACAUACCCACCCCGAUCCAAUGUUUGUCAUCUGGGAGAGCUCCUGCUAUUCAUGCCUCGUACACUUCAUGGUUAUUAGUGUGCGCAAGUGGAGUUGGAGAGCACUUGUCACGGCUGGGUGUUGCAAAGAAUGUGGCGAGUCGUGCAACUUGGCGGACUAUGGUCUUUGUCGGAGACGCCCUCAAGGCAAAUGACAGUGCAUGGAAGUCGAGUUCAAAUUCAACUGCUGCUUCAAGUGUUUCCCAUACCCUGGGCCUGAGAAUUCGUUGUUGCAAUCAUCAACUUGGCCUUAUCCGUCGGCCAGCGGUGCUAAGCACCGAGCGGUUUUGGUGUACCCUGGUACGACUAGGACACCAAUUUGAACUUCAUUCCUUCCGUCGAUCUUUGGCGUCUGCAGCAACGAGGUAUUUUCAAGAAGCUGGCAAUUUCGAACGCAUCAGAGUGUUUCAGUAUCCUGAAGAGAUGACAAAGUGGAGAAAGCGUGCGGACUGGCUGUAUGAGAACUUCAUCACUAACACGAAGCAGGCCAAGGAGUCGCUAGCUGAGCUUAUGGCAUUUGCAAAUGGGGACAGCACCACACCAGUCCUCACCCACUACUGUUUGAUCGGACAGUCUGGUCGACCAGACUGCUGCUCCUCAGAUGCUGAGGCUAUUUGCAAGUGGUUGUCGCAUUGCAUUCCAUUUCUUUGUCGAGGGUACCAAUGCCCGUUGCUGUACAGGAUGAAACACUAUGGCCCAGCAAGCUCAUUUGUGAUGCUGACGACAUGCUUCUUCAGGAUACUCCCCAAUGUACUUGGGCACAUGGAGGCAUCAACGGGAAACCUCGAUGAAGACAUGGAGACAUUAGUGGACACCUUGCUUGCUGACAUUGGUGUGGGCUCAUCAGGUGCUGCUGCUGAUUUCCAGCAUUUGCUUGCUGAUGCAUUGGAUGCGCAGCAGAACUACCAACUUCAAAACAGUGUGCGCAGAAAAAUGAUGAUCCAGGAGGUCUGCAAGCCUGGAUUUGAGCAAUCCUCCAUGGUGAUUGAUGCUCUGAUAAACCCGAUGGAAGUUGGAGUCAACAAAAUGCUAGGUCACACAAAGUGCCUUCAUGACUUGGCUUUUGUGGGGGCGGCUCACCCGCAAGGGCAAGAGCUUCAGGAAAAGACCAAACGCAUAUUCUUGGAGGUUGUGUCCGGGGACUUUGGACGUCACCUUAUGUGCCGGUAUGUGACCUUCUUGAAUUCAGGCCUUUGGGAAGCGAAUGAGAUGGGGUUGGAAGCUACAGGAUCCCGGCUGGACCACAUCUUCAAAAUGGUCAUCAUCAUUUGCACAGACAUUUGGCGCCGAUUUGUUUAUGACUUCACGUUUCCUCCCUGGACACUCUUCGGCUUAAUUGGGCUUUCAACAGAGGAGUUUGUGAGACGCUGGGAUGACUUGGAGAAGUCCUUUGCCAAAUGCUGCCAGUGCAUGGACAUUCAGCUGACAGCGGCGUGGCUUCAUCAUUUUUCGGGCCUGGCUUCGGCUCACAUUGAUGUUCAAAGCAAGGCCUGCGCAGAGAUCCAACAAGUCUUGGUUGACAUUGCGGGGUUUACUCCUCUGACUUCUGACGUGGUCGAGUUGAAAAACGGACAAACCCAAUGGUCCGUGUCCAAGAGGGGGCGAGUCAGCGUCAAGAACCCGAGGUCUGCCACCGAGACAACACUACUCCAAUCUGUACUUAAGCAGCACGUGUGGAUCAAGGAGGUUGUUGGAGCAGAGACCCUUCCCAAAAAGAGUGUGAGCAGUGGCAUAUUGAAGAUGGUGGGAACCAAUUCCUCGAAUCAGCACAGGCAGCAGUCGCGAGUGGCUCAUGCCCAGAAACGCAAGAUUCGACGGUUGUGCGGAUGGAAUGCCUACCAGAGACACCGGCUGGAGGGCAUGUCCUUGUCGCUGGUGGAUUACAAAGAGAAGGUGCGGCAAAUCAGUCAGGACUGGCGCAACAUGAGUCAAGAAGACCGAGAUGCGUUUGAAAUUGAAGCACAACAACAACAGCACAGACUAGAUGACUUGUCGCAGCAGCCACUACCAUCUGCCACUGGUGCAUCAAAUCAGCAAGAAGAUCCAACUACGAAUUGCUGGCGCAAUGGGGCAAAGAAACGGUCUGCCCGUCGCUUAUUGGUCAACAAGUCCGCUUUUGCAUCGCAUACACUUUGGGAUUUGCCGACACAGUAUGGAGACAGUCUUUUGGCAAAAAAGUUGCAAAAAGUUUAA